AUGGCGCCACCCAAGAAGACAGUUAAAAUGGAUUUGAAUUCGUUUCUGAACGAUGAAUCGUUCGGUGAAUCAUGGGCCGAAGAAGAAGUGGACCUAGAAAAGAUCAACAUCCCUUUAAAUGCCGGUAAGCCCUCUAAAGUGAUGCCAUUGGAGUCGUUUGGCAGCUCCAAAGGCUCUCGUCUGGACCCUGCACUUGCUCCAGAAAAGAAGGAACGUGUUGAAUAUGACAUUCCUGACCACCCACCUUACAGGGCAGUGAUUAAUAACCUUCCAUGGGACGUCUCUGAGGACGGUAUCAAGGCCUGGUUCGAGGAUGGGUUGAACAAACCAGGUGCAGUGGAGGAAGUUGUUGCCCCCAAGGAUUUCAAUGAUCCUGCUAAACUGAAGGGUUUUGCAUUUGUAACGCUCUGCGAUCGUGAUGCGCUUGCUGCGUCUCUAAAGUUCAACGCCACUAAGCUCAAUGAGCGUAUGGUUUUCGUUUCCGUUGCAGCUCCUCCAAAGGGUGGGUUCGGUAAUCGUGGUGGUUUCGACGACAACAUCGACUGGGGCUCCGCCAGAGGUUCCAAUUUCCAUGCCGGUAGACCAAACAGAGAAGAACCAGAUCUUGACUGGGGAUCCAUGAGAGGUGCCAAUUUCCACGCUUCUGCUGAGAGAAGACCAAGAGCUGAAGAGCCAGACUUGGACUGGGGCGCCAUGAGAGGUUCCAACUUCCACCCUACCGCUGACAGAAAACCAAGACGUGAAGAGCCAGAAUUGGAUUGGGGUGCCAUGAGAGGUUCUAACUUCCAAGCCUCUAGAGAAAGAAAGCCAAGAAGAGAAGAGCCAGAAAUAGACUGGAGUUCUGCCAGGGGUUCUAACUUCAGCCAAAGACCUCCAAGAGCUGAAAGAAGACCAAGAAAUGAACCCGAGCUAGACUGGGGCGGAGCUAGAGGCUCUAAGUUUGGUCAAAGAAGUACCUCUAAGAAGUCUGGUCAAGCAAAGGCUGCUUCCAGCCCUACACAAGAUGCACCAAAAAUUCAAAGAUCAGCCUUUGAAGUUUUGGCUGCUGAUGAUGAUGACGAGGAAGAAAACACUAAACCUGAAGAAGUUGACCCAAAGAAGAGCACCAAUGAUAUUUCCAACUUGGAGAAAGCCACUGCUAAACUAAGUGUAGAAGGUGAGGAUGAUGAUUGGAAGGUUGUUGGCAAAAAGUGA